AUGAUUUCUUGUCAUUUCAUAAGUUGUUCCCUGCUGUUGUUGGUGUUCCCAUUUCGUUGGGCAGUGAAAGCCUGGGAGAUCUCUGAUGUCCCAGCCCCAGACCUCUUCCUUCGGCGAGGUUUGGCUAAUGUGGCGGUAUUUGGAAAUUUCCUUUACAUUGAUGGCGGUGAGGUCUCCCAGCUCGACGCAGAAGGAAAGCCCUACACCCUCAACAACAAUACCCGUGGAUCACAAGCAAUGAACUCCACCCUUUCUAUCGACCUAUCCAAGUCAUGGUCCACCACCAACGUCACACUCCGAGAAAUACCGAAGGAGCCACAUGGUAUGGAUAGACAAGCAUUAUGGAAAAGGGAAGAUACGAACUCACUCUACAUAUGGGGAGGACAUGGACCCAACACCGGACGACUGUUGGAUGAAUCACUAUCCACUGGGUUUUGGAGGUUUCAGACUGAUGGCGCUGGCGGUGGUCAAUGGUCGAAGGAAACUCCAAUUAAUCCUACAGAAUUCAAGGAACUACAGCGGAGUGAAGAUGGAGCAUUUGCCAGCACCCCCGAAGGCGGCUUUUGGUUCGGGGGUUCAGCCGAUUUGCGGACGAGGUUGAAUAGGACUGAUGGCAAGACAAACACUGCUGUGCAACCUACACCGGGCAUGGUCCAUUACGACUGGAGAACGAAUCAAUGGUCUAACGAAACAGAAGAGUUCAAGGCUGCUUUUCCCCCAUUCGGAACAAUGAAAGGUGCCAAAGCACUCUAUGUCCCCAAUUACGGGACCAGUGGCUUAGUUUUCCUUCUAGGUGGUUUCAUGUCAACGUUAGAGCCUUUCGAGGACGGAAGAAACAGCGUGUACGGUUGGAUGGACUUUUCAAAGAUUACGUUCAUGGACCCAGUCUCCAAAAAGUGGUUUAGUCAGAACGCUACAGGGCCUGCACCAACCAGACGCCAAUGGUUCUGCAUGGUGGGGGUUGAGGGCAAAUCCUCUUACGAGAUAUUUGUAUUUGGCGGAGUGGCUGAGUACAAGGACACCCCGUAUGACGAUGUUUUUGUGCUGAGCCUACCUGGCUUUGUGUGGAAACAGGUGCUCUAUGAUAGCAGAUUUCCCAGAACCGAGCACCAUUGUGGAGUGAUAGGAAAGCGGCAGAUGGUUAUUGUCGGAGGAAGGAACACAACCAAAACCUCCCAGGAGAACGUGGCAGGGUGGGCCCUGCCCGACCCAUGGCCCCAAGGGCUUGGUUUAUUUGACAUGAAAGAGUGGAUCUGGAAAAGCGAAUACAACGCCACCGCAGAGAAGUAUGAGAGUCAUCAAGAAAUUGAAAGUUGGUAUCGAGAGAUUGGUACUGCUUCUGUGACAUGGUCAUCGGAUGAAGCCAAGAGCUUCUUCUUGCCUAAAUCAGAAGCAAUCUCAGCAGGGGCAAUUGCUGGCGCUGUAGUUGGUGCGGUUGCUGGGGUUGCGCUUCUGGUGUUGAUGGUAUAUUGGGCCAUCCGCCGUUCCAGGAAACGUCCGGAAACAAAGCCUGUGAUGGGCCUAUCUCUUCCUGAGGAAAGGGGUGUAAAGGACAAAGCCGUCUAUUCUCUUAUUCAGCUUGGAGAAAUGGACGCUCGUCCAUGUCGAGUUGAGAUGGCCGCAAAUUCGUCACCCCAAUCAGAGCUUCCCGGGUCUCAAAGUCAUGCUGUCGAGCUUGACGCCCGUCAAGACCACAAUAGACUUUGA